AUGCCCGCUGCCAAAGUCGAAGCCGCGACCGCUGAAGGAUGUGAGUGGAUGAGGACCUGAUCUGCGUCGAUUGAGCUGCGAAUGCGCUUCUCUCUCUCUUUCUGGCCCCGUCCGCGUGUGCGCUGCCCCACUUUUGUCGCUCGCUUCCGUUCGACGGCUUGCGUUCCCGCACGCUCAGUUCUCCUACCACGAAAUUGGUCUUUGAACUGACAUGAUAACCGCUCGAGCUCGCGCUGGCAGUGCCCACCGCCGUUUUGGACAAGUACAAGGCCGUAAGUGUCGUCGUGCGAGACCCCACACCGUGCCUCCCUCCCUCGCCCGCCUACCCCAACACCACCCACCGACCCACCUGUUCCUAAACCUGUUGCUCUUUUUUUUUUUUUUCACAGGCCGGCACCGUCGUCUCUUCUGCUGUGCAGACGUUGAUCGCCAAGUGCCUCGAAGGCGCGAACGUGCUCGAGCUUUGCGUCGAGGGGGACAAGCUGAUCGAGCAGGGCGUUGCGGGCCUGUACAACAAGGUCAAGGGCUUGCCCAAGGGUGAGUCUUGUCGGGUCUGAUGCGAUCGUGUGCGGUGGCGAUCGGUUUUGGGCAAGGGAUGGGAUCAGAAGAGGAGGCGCGUUUUCUCUUCUCGCUCUCGUCUGCCGGCUGGCGGAGCGUGUAUGAGCUCGUGAGGACGGUCAUCAGACGGAUGGGAUGGUGAUGUUCAUUCGGAAUGACCAAGGAGCGAUCGAAGAAUACCCGUCGGCGAUUGUGCUGUACUGAUGCUUGCUCGUUCGUGCUCGGCUCCGCUUUCACCUCCGCUCUUCGCAACUACGCGCCUCGCCUCCUCCUCCUCCUCCUCCUCCUCCUCCUCCACCACCACCACCACCACCUGAUCAUUCAUCUCUCGCCGUCGCCCCUCCACCUCACCCACCCCACCACAGGUGUCGCCUUCCCGACCUCGCUCUCGAUCAACUCGAACCUGCAAAACUACAACCCGCUCCCCUCGGACAAGAGCGCGACCGCGACCACUCUGGCCCAGAACGACGUCGUCAAGAUCUGCCUCGGCGCCCACAUUGAUGGCUACGCCGUCGUAGCCGCCGAGACGUCAGUUCCAAGCCGGUCCUCCAUACUAGACCAAUGUGCACAUCUGAUGUCGCAUUAUUUUGGAUCAUGUCUCACAGAAUCGUCAUCGGCUCGACGCCGAUUAAGGAAGUCCGCGCGGAUCUGCUCUCGGCCGCUCACUACGCCGCCGAAGCCGCUCUCCGAGUCGUCAAGCCCGGGAUCAAGAACUGGGAAAUCACGGACGUGAUCAAGAAGGUUCUCUCCGAAUACGAGUCCGUCGGCGUCAAGGGAGUCGAAGGCGUCUUGUCGCACCAACAUGAGCAAAACUCGAUCGAGGCGAAGAAGGGGAUCGUCGCUUUCCCGAGCAUGUCCCAGCGCGCCGAUUCGGAUAACGCUUACUUGUUCGAGGAGGGUGAGGUUUAUGGUUUGAACGUCUUGGUCACGAACGGGGAAAAGGCCGUGAGUAAAACGUCCUCUUUCGGGCGGGCGAGUAACGGAGAUGCUUUUUGGGGGAGCGCUGAUCGCCGAAUCCCCCUACAUCUCGUUGUGAAUGAAAUUCGACCAGUUCAAGACCGCGGACCGAUCGGCGACGACGAUCUUCUCGAAAACGUCGACGACGUACAACCUCAAGAUGAAGACCUCGCGCGCGACCUUUUCCGAAAUCACCAAAAAAGCGGGCCCGUUCCCGUUCACCUUGCGCGUGCUCGAAGAAGAAGCCAAGGCGCGUAUGGGCGUCAAGGAAUGCGUUGACCACAACUUGCUCAAACCUUACGAGGUGUUGACGACCGAUAAGACCACGGACCUGUCCGCGCAAGUGUUUUUGACGUUCGCGCUCACCAAGACCGGAGUGACGAGGUUGUCGUUGGCGCCGACUUGGUUCUCCGAGGAUAAAGUCCAGGGGAGCGUGAAGCUUUCGGAGGAGCUCAAGGCGCUGGUGAACAAGCCUUUGAAGAGCAAGCCGACGAAGAAGAAGACGACGGAGAAGAAGGCCGACGAGGAGGUAACAGCUUGA